GGGCUUCCUCUGUACUAACGAGUAGGUUUUGUGGAAGGGGGUUGGUUGGUUGGUUGGUUACACUUUCCAGUUCCUCUUGUUCUCUCAAAAGGACUUGAUCCCUUUGUGUCGGAAGCCUCUUAUAUCUGUCCGUUUGUCCCCUUUUCAGAAUCUGUUUUUCAGUUCCAUUGUCUCAGUUGUUGUUGUUUUUGUGGUUGUAUUGCAAGAGAAAAUUAGCCACAGAUUAAAAAUGCUAUCUUCAAAUGUUGUUCCCUCAUCCUCCCCUGUCACUUUCACCAAACCCAAUCACCAUUUCUCCUUUAAUGCGUAUCCCAAUCUCAGACCAAAUCUUCUCACAAGGUUUCAGGCCAAUCACAAAGCCACUCAUGAAUCCCGUCUCAGAAGUUCCAAACUUUCUCUCAAGCCCACUUCUCAGAUCCAACAUUCAAUCUCAAAGUUAGGAUCUUUUAACAGAUUCCUCCUACACCCUUUUGAGCUCUCAUCAAAACCCAGAAACCAAAUCGUUAAAGCUGCAUCUGAAGCCAACCCUGAAGGAGAAAAUGUAGCUCCUCCCAAAUCUAAAAGUCUCAAACUUGGUCUGGUUUUUGGGCUUUGGUACUUCCAAAACAUUGUGUUCAACAUUUACAACAAGAAAGUGUUGAACAUUUUCCCUUACCCUUGGCUUCUUGCCUCUUUCCAGCUCUUUGUGGGGUCCAUUUGGAUGGUGGUGCUUUGGUCCCUAAAGCUCCAACCUUGUCCAAAAAUCUCAAAACCCUUUAUCAUUGCCCUCCUUGGACCUGCUUUGUUCCACACAAUAGGCCACAUAUCAGCCUGUGUUUCAUUCUCCAAGGUUGCUGUUUCCUUCACCCAUGUCAUCAAAUCUGCAGAGCCAGUUUUCUCUGUCAUCUUUUCUUCUGUCCUUGGUGAUAGGUACCCCAUACAGGUUUGGCUCUCUAUUCUACCAAUUGUGCUUGGUUGUUCUCUAGCUGCUGUUACUGAGGUGUCUUUCAAUGUGCAAGGGUUGUGGGGUGCCCUUAUUAGCAAUGUUGGUUUUGUGUUGAGGAACAUCUACUCCAAGAGAAGUUUGCAGAAUUUCAAGGAAGUUGAUGGCUUGAACUUGUAUGGAUGGAUUACUAUACUCUCAUUGCUCUACCUGUUUCCUGUGGCUAUUUUCGUAGAAGGGUCUCAGUGGAUCCCAGGGUAUUACAAGGCAAUUGAAACUAUAGGGAAAACAUCCACUUUUUAUAUUUGGGUGUUGCUGUCUGGUGUGUUCUACCAUCUUUAUAACCAAUCAUCUUACCAAGCACUAGAUGAAAUCAGCCCACUCACUUUCUCUGUGGGAAACACAAUGAAAAGAGUGGUGGUGAUUGUAUCUUCAGUUUUGGUGUUCAGGAAUCCGGUUCGACCACUUAAUGGCCUUGGAUCUGCCAUUGCAAUUCUUGGGACUUUCCUAUAUUCACAGGCAACAUCCAAAAAGAAAGCAAAGAAAAUUGAAGAUGAAAAGAGUAGUUAGAGAAAAAGAAGGGAAAAGGAAGUAUUAGAGAGAGUAAAAACUGUUUGAUUAUUUGAGUGUUACUGUUAGCCUUGUUAGAAUUAGACAUUAAAUAAGAUCUUCCAUUAUGGUCUCUUUUGAACCAUUGCUUGAUUUUUCUAUUGAUAUUUCAUAGCUCUUUUUCCAUAUU